AUGCCAAAAGUAACAAAAAAAAGUCAAACAGGCAAAUCAACAAAACGUCGUCGUUCAGCUUAUAUUCUCUUUACACUUGAAAAACGAAAACAACUUAAACUGGAAAAUCCAAGUUUACGUCCACAAGAAAUUCUAAUUGAAUUAGGUGCUCAAUGGAAAGCUGCGGACGAACAAACGAAACAACAUUAUCAAAAAUUGGCUGAUGCAGAAAAAAACAAAAGUGAAAAUGAAAAUGUCAAUCAAUCGAUGGAAGUCAAUCGAUCACAAUAA